CCAGCGGGAAACUGAGAAAGAGGCCUCAGAGUCAGGGCCCGCGAGCCUGAGGAUCAGCGUGGCAAGGCCCCGCCCCUCAGCCGCGGAAGGAUUUGGAGGGGUCCAGGCUGCUCUUGGCCGAAAGGGGUGAUCAGGCCACCUAAGCAGGGUCGGAAGGGAGAGAGGACGGAGGCUGGCCUGAGGGUGGAGGCUUCGAAGCCCGUGCCCAAUAUCGCACGUCAGAGGCGCCCGAUCCCACUGGCCCCGCCCCCCUCAGGUGGAGCUCCUUGCACCCAGGGCCAGAAGCGCCCCCGCCCCAAGCAGGUGGGGCUCAUCGGGUGGGCCCGGCGUGGGCGGGGCCGGGCGAGAUUUGGGAAGUGGGUAAGGGCUGGGGCACAAUGGAGGCCGAGCCAGCCCCGGACUUGUCGAUGCUUCGAGAGCUGCUGGCGCCGCCCUGUCUGGACCCCGAACCGCCCCCGGAACUCGCCACCCAGCAGGCACCAAAGACCCCAGGAUGCCUCAGACCCAGUGGCAGGUCCUUCUGGCCUGCACACCAGGACUCGGUCACCGCCCUUCACUUCCUCCAAGAGACAGCAGAGGGGCUGGCCCAGCCCGCCACCUGGGACACUCAGGCCCUAGGGCCCUGCUGGGAGCCGAAGGCCCUGGAGACUCUGGGAGCCCUACCUCCGGCCAAGGAUACCAAGAACAUGCUGACCCCAGUCAGCCAGCAGAGCCGCAGCCUGGGGCCCCGAGUGGCUCCCCCGGCCUCUUCAGCCCAGCCACAGAGGAGACCCCGGAAGCAGUCGAACCCCCAGCGGGGCGCCGAGAAAGUGGACCCCCAGUUCGAGGGGGUGACCCUGAAGUUUCAGAUAAAGCCAGAUUCCAGCCUACAGAUCAUACCCACCUACAGCCUGGCCUGCAGCACCCGCUCUCAGGGUCCCCCACCAGGCCCUGCCAGAGUCCCAGAGGCCAAUGCAAGAGGCAGCGAGGCUCUGGGGCCCCGACGCUGUGCUUCCUGUAGGACCCAGAGGACCCCACUCUGGAGAGAUGCCGAAGAUGGGACCCCCCUCUGCAACGCCUGUGGUAUCAGGUACAAGAAAUAUGGUACCCGGUGCUCCAGCUGCUGGCUGGUGCCCAGGAAAAGUGUCCAGCCCAAGAGGCUGUGUGGCAGAUGUGGGGUGUUGCUGGGUCCCCACCCAGUCCCAACUCAGGAAGGGUAA